AUGACCACAUCAAAGGUCUCGGAUAUCGACAUCUCGCCGACGGGUGAUUUCAACGAUGCGAUACUGGACGACAAGCAGGACGCUGCGGCGUCGUCUGUGGCAGCCAAGUAUAGAGGGACGGCGACGGAUCAAAAAGAUAUGAUGACUCUUGGCAAGAAGCAAGUGCUCAGAAGAAACUUCAGAUUCAUCACGAUGCUUGGCUUUGGUUCAACUGUAAUCUGCAGUUGGGAGGUUCUACUGCCCGUCUUCAGCUUCGUCAUAACUGAUGGUGGCUAUGGCUCGCUCUUUUGGGGGUUCAUUGCCGUGACUUGUGGGAUGCUGUUGGUGUACGCCAGCUUGGCUGAGAUGGUGUCAAUGUGUCCUACCGCUGGUGGACAGUAUCAUUGGGUGUCUGAAUUUGCCCCUCCGAAAUAUCAGAAAAUCUUGAGCUAUAUGACAGGAUGGCUCUGUGCCACGGGUUGGCAGGUCUUCCUCGCGAGUGUAGCCUUCAUGGUGGGAGGCAUCAUCCAAGGUCUCAUCGCGCUCAAUAACCCGGACUACGGCUUCGACAGAUGGCACGCAACACUUCUGACGAUUGGAAUCUCGGCCUUUGCUACACUGUUCAACACGGCUCUAGCAGUACGACUUCCUUUGAUCGAAGGAAUCAUCCUCAUCCUUCACAUUGCCGGCUUCUUUGGCGUCUUCAUACCGCUAUGGGUGCUGACACCGCGUGCGCCAGGCGACGUGCUGUUACAAUUCACAAACAACGGAGGAUGGCCCACUACGGGUAUUGCAGCCAUGAUCGGACUCACCACACCGUUGACGGCACUGAUCGGAUACGACUGCAGCGUCCACUUGAGCGAAGAACUCCAAGAUGCUUCCUACACCAUGCCAAGAGCUAUAAUGUGGACCGUCGGACCCAACGCCACCCUUGGCUUCCUGAUGGCAAUAACAUUAUGCUUCACCGGCGGACCCAUUGACGAUCUCCUCGAAACAAGCACCGGUCAACCGUUCAUCACAGUAUUUUACAACGGUACCCGCAGCCUCGCCGGCGCAAACACCAUGGUCGCUAUCGUCGUCGUCUGCCUCACCUCCUGCUGCAUCAGCGAAGUCGCCACCGCCUCCCGCCAACUCUGGUCCUUUGCUCGCGACAACGGCUUGCCAGGCUCGACAUGGAUCGCACACGUAACGCCUGGUUGGAACAUCCCCCUUCGAAGCGUCUUGAUCUCCUUCGUCAUCACCUCGCUACUCGCGUGCAUCAACCUUGGAUCAACAACUGCCCUGAACGCCAUCAACUCCCUAGGAGGCGUCUCAGUCCUUAGCUCAUACUUCAUCACCAUCGCCUGUCUGAUUUGGCGAAGGCUAUACGGCGCUCCUCUACCACCUCGACGAUGGUCUCUGGGCAAGUUCGGCCUGUGGAUCAACAUCGCCGCCUUGUGCUUUUUGGUCCCGUUAUGGUUCUUCUCCUUCUGGCCAUUAGCCCAGCCCGUCACGCCGCAGAACAUGAAUUGGAACAGUACAAUGUUUGGUGGCAUGUUGAUCGUGUCGGUGGUGUAUUACAUUGCGUAUGGGCGUAAGGUUUACGAAGGGCCUGUGGUUUACGUCAAGCGAGACGAAUGA